AUGGCAUCGACUCGCUCAAAAGGGCAGGUUGGUGCCAAUACAAAGUCGAAGAAGACCACAACUGUCACAAAGCUGCCGGUAAUUGCACGGGUGAAGCAAAAUGGGCUUCAUCGCACGGGGUCAUCUACAUCAGCUGAAGAUGAGACUGCUGAUGACACAGCAUCCGAGUGGACCAAGCCAGUCAAGAAAAAACGUAAAAGAGGUGAUGGUGCUGCUGAUAUCCUGACCAUCUUCAAGCUCAUCAAUGAUGAUGAUCCUUUGCAAGGUUAUAUCUGCGAGCCUUGUGUUGAACUUUGUGAAGCCAAUUCGAAAAAGCACAGCAAACUGCAAACUAUCUUCAAAGGCAACAACACUGCUACGCACACUCACAUUCAAUGUAUGGGCAUGUCUCACUAUUGUCAAUACCAGGAGAAGUGCGUGCAGCAAAACAUUGACAUGGAUGAACGAUGUGUUCCACAGGAAGAGUUGGACCGCUUGGAAGGCAAGGCACCCGAUACGCAACACAGCAUUCUGGACUUCACGGAGACUAUGAAACCUAUGGCGGGGCCUCAGUAUACUAAUGAUGGUCUACAAGAGCAUAUUAUUCGUUUCGUUUUAGAGACUGAUCAGGUACAGAACAUCACAGCUGACAAUGUCUCUGUGAAUGACAAAAGUCUGCGUGUCUUGGGCAAGAAAUUGAGGAAUGAGUCACAUGACUUUAAUGCGACAGCCCAGCAUCCACACUGCUUCUCACAUGCAGUGGCCCUCGCUGAGGGCGCAUUUUUGACCAAGCUAUCUCCCAGUGUCAAGAAAAAGAAUUCGGCAGGAAUGGAUGAAGAUGUCCCUGUGAUUCCACCUCCCCCAGAUGACAUGUCCAUGGGUGAUAUCGACGCCAGUAAAAGUAGUUUUAGGACUUCUACUGAAGGUUUGACGGUCCCCGCAAGCCAAGAAGUACUUCAAGAAGUGCUGCGAAGAUGUGCUCGAUCAAGAGCUCGAGCUUCUGCCAUACUCUUGAAUGCUAUUACUCAAGAAAACAAUUCAGAUGAUGUACCCAAUGUCGACAAAAACCAGCGGAAGUAUGCGAGUUAUCGUGUUUCGGACACUGAAUGGGAUCUCCUCACUAUGAUCCGGAAGGUGUUCGCUGCAGCAGCUGAUGUACAAGAAGCCUUUUCAGCUGAAUACUAUCCAACCAUCUGGCGAAUUCUUCCGCUUUACAAGGACUUCAUCAUCCGGUGGCAAACAUUCUCCGAAGACCCUAAGAUGGCAGCAGGUAUUACGAACCUCGAAAAGUACUACAAUAAGACCGACAAUUCCCCUGCACACAUUGUUUCUAUAUCUCAAUUCCUGCAUAAGGACGAAUAUUUCAAUGUUGCAUGGACCGAAGAUGGCCAACGACAAGCCUUCACUGUUAUGGAAAAGUGUAACGAUCGUAUACCAAUGACGGAGCCUGGUAGCUCUGAGUCGAGCAAUGGUUUUGGCAGUUUGAUGAGCAGGGUUACUGAAGGUCGGCAUGCCCGCAAAAAGCUCAUCACUAAGGAUUCUCACGCAGAACUCAAAUCUUACAUUGAGGAGCCACUCAUCGUCAAUGACCAAUGGUCAUCCCCAGAGCACCAGGCAGAGCAUAUUCUCAAGUGGUGGAAGGCCAAUCUGUGGGAUGACAUCGUCCGCCUGGUGGUCGAAAAUCUGGGUGGACUUGCAAGACCAGGCUCUCAAAUAUGGUGGUGCCCGACAUCUGUCUUCAAUUUCUUGCCCUUGCACGCUGCUGGCCAAUACUGGAGAGAUGGGCAGUUUCUUUCAUAG